AUGCAAUGGGCCCCUAGACAUCACACCUCGUAUCACAUCAUUUGUCACGAGGCAGUGCCAUCCACCAACUCUGCAGUUGCCCUCUACAAGGACUAGGAAACCCUCUCUUGAAGAAAUUGCCUUUAAGUUAACACACGAACAGAGCGCCCGUCACUAGGAGGUUCUUUUGUGAUUCGCGGCUCGAAACCACCAUUCAUGGCGAGUGCACGCCCUGUCAAGGAGGCCGGGCGCAUCAGAGCCGUCGCUGAAGGGUACAUAUCGACAGGUACGAACCUCGACAUCCCCGAUAGCGACGGCCGCACGCUUCUGAGACGCGCAGUCGCCCUAUACGAUGUCGAGCUUGUCGAAUUUCUCGUCAGUAAUGGUGCGGAUCCCCGGCAGAUCGACCCAGUCAAUGGGAAUACUCUUUGGCACCAGGCCGCACUCGACUAUGGGGCGACGACGUUUCCAAAGCAGGGUGAUGUGGCCAGGCUCCUGUCUCGACUAGCCAGCCUUGGAGUCGAUCCUGCCCGGGCCAACAGCCAAGCUCGCACUCCUCUGCACAUUGCCAGCUGCGUGCAAAUCGAUUUCACGCAAGACCCCAAUCAUCGAAGACCUGGAUACGACUCGGUGUUUGAUGUGCUAGUCAGAAUACUGCCUGGGCCCCAUGCCAUCAAUGCUAAAGACUCUACCCUCAGCACGCCGCUCCAUCUCGCGGCAAGCAUUUCGGAGUACCAGACACGAAAACUACUAGAAGUGGGCAGCGAGGUGGCCGCAGUCGACGAUGAAGGGCGUACAGCCCUCCACAUAGCAACAUCAAGUGGUGAUGGGAACAUCACCGGCCUGAUUCUUCGACAUAUCGGCAUAUCAUACGAAACCACCGCCGAUGGUGUACCAAAGACACAACAGCCAGGGCCAGUCCUAGCUGCUGUCAAUGCCAAAGACAAAAGAGGCCGGACAGCUUUGUUUUAUGCCGCCCGCGAAGGAGAUACUGCUAGUUUCCAAUUGCUGCUUGAAGCUGGAGCUGAUCUGGGACUCGGCUUCGAGAAUUCAUGCUGGCAGGCAGUUGCAUUGUUCGACAUAGAUUCGCCGCGUCGCAGAUCCGAUCCUGCACACGAGAAUGGACCACGGGGCAUUGAUCAAAUUGUUCAGACGCUAAUCAAGCAGACUGGAGUACCAACAGAGACAAUGGUCGAUGUUGCGCUAGAGCUGGCGGUCGCUAGGAAGUCAGCAUAUGUCUUUGAGGUUUUGACUCGAGCUCGGCGUCGGCUAGCUACCGGACCUGAUCUCGACCGAGACAAUCAAAAUAACCUACAGGUGAUGGGGUUUCUCGAGCAAGGUCGGGCCAACCGCGAAGAAGCGAUGAACGACAGUUUCCCAGUCAACAUGCGUUUCUUGCGCCUAUUGGAUUUACGGGAAUUCGAACUCGCCUCAGAACUGUUAGCCAGCAUUGAUCCGUGGGAAAGAUCCCCGUUCUCAGGAAGCGAAACCAUUCUACAUCACAUCGUGUCCCAAGGGUUGGCCAGCAUGUUGCCACCGCUUGCAGACACCGUCCGAAGACAGUCAAUAUUGAGUCCUGGCACGAAGCCACUCUUGCUCGCAGCUUGCAGCCAGCCACAACCUAACAUGGAUGUACUGAAAGCCCUUAUCGAGAUAAUCAAGAUCGACAUCGACAAUAGAGACUCACAUGGUCUCGGCGCACUACACGUCCUUUUUGAGGGUGAUCGGCCCAUCCACUGGUGGCAGCUUGCCUUGGCGCUUCCAUAUCUUGUCAAACACGGCGCGGACCCGAACAUGCGAGACAAUGAAGGCCGAACACCAUUACACAUUGCCCUUGAUCAUAUUGGCUACAUUGACUUUGAUAAAAGCACAGUCGCCCAGCUCAUCAGCCUCGGAGCGGACGUGAACGCAGCAGACAACUACGGCAAGACCUGCUUGUGCCGCGCAGCCGGCAACGCCUUGUACCACGGCGAGGGCCCAGGCAGCGACAUGUCUGUGAUAUCCGACCUGCUCCACCGCGGAGCUGUGGUGACGCAGCCCGCAUUAAUCGAGGCCAUGCGCCGCGACGACCUGGAACUACUCGAGAUCCUGCUCUCCCCAACCCAAGGGCGCGCAGAUCCAAACACGCGUCUCCGGUUGGACAAGAUGCCGCUAGGACACUGGUGGGGGGGCACAAUCUACAGUCUCGGUGGUGACGCAGAGGCCGAGCCGUGGAGAUAUUCGCCCCCAUUGCCGGUCAAUGCUGUCCCCGAGCAGGUCAUGUAUCCUCUGCAUUUUGCAGCUCUACGGGACAACCUCAACAUGGUGAAAGUUCUUCUGGAGCAUGGUGCAGAUCCUGGCGCGCGCUACGAGAACGGGAUGAGCGUGCUGCACUAUGUCAUCGGCCAGAAGGGAUGUGCUGGUAUGGCAGUCAUGGACAUGUUGCUCAGUCGCCCAGAUGUGGCGCGAGAGGACAAAAGCCCGUUGGGCAUGACAGUGCUCCUAGCCGCAGCAAGCUUGAUUCAACUCGACACUGGCAGCGGCCACAGAAACUCAACAGAUCCUGGGUUACAGCUUCUAGAACGGCUGAUUGACCUUGGAUGUGAUGUCAAGGCGCAGGACAAUAGCGGCCGUGGAAUCAUGCAAUGGCUUGGUAAGAACGGGACCUCUGAGAGUGUAAUCUUGAGUCCCGGGCUUGGCUCUGUGGUCAAUCGCGUGCUAUCUAUGGCUCCAGAGCUAGGAUACAAGUAGAAGUGUACGUAGAAAUCUGGAGGCGAGGCAUCGGUGUGGCAUUUAUGUUAGAAUAAGCCGAACUCAGUUCGUUAUACAUUGCGAACUUGGUCUGGUCGGAUGAAUUCUGUGCCUUAAUAUCACUGUUGACAUGUCCGCAAUUUACAGCGAAUCAGAAUUAGUCUUCUCCAUGGC